AAAACAAAGUUUCUCCUUAAGGUGUAUAUUUCAUAAAUAGGCGGCCGAAAUCGUUUACUCUCUUUUCUGACAGGGUUUAUUUUGUCGACACACACACUUUAACUCCAAUGUUCGGACACAAGAGACAUAAAUUUUAAGAAUCUUUAAGAACAUUUAUAUAUUAUUCGGUAUGGGAGAUAAGCCUUUACGAUUACUCGCAAGUGGUGACGUUGAAGGAAGAAUAAAUGCUUUGUUCAACCGGGUGAACGCCAUUCAGAAAAAGAGCGGGCAGUUUGAUUUGCUGCUGUGUGUUGGUGAAUUUUUUGGAAAUUCUCCUGAGGCUGAAGCAGAAUGGGAAGCAUACAAAUCUGGUGCCAAAAAGGCACCCAUUCACACUUACAUUCUCGGUGCAGCCAGCGAAGAGACUGUGAAGUAUUUCCCAAACUCUGAUGGCUGCGAGUUGGCAGAAAGCAUCACAUAUCUGGGUCGAAGAGGCAUUUUCACAGGGGCAUCGGGGCUUCAGAUCGCCUAUGUCAGUGGCAGAGAAGCUCAGCAGGAGGAGAAAAACACUGAGAUCACAGAAUCUUAA